CCCGGGAGGCAAAGAUGGUGGCCAGCAGGAGAGUACAGAGGCUCCUCCGACGAUACAAACUCGCAAUUGCCGCCGCCUUGACCAUCCUCCUGAUCCAGGGUCUGGUCGUGUGGAGCCUGAGGAGUCUGGAGGAGCGCGACGAGGAGAAAAAAACCAGGCGGUCUAAACUGCCUGACCAGAGCAGCCAGGACCAGAAGAGGGACACGGCACUUGUGGAGAGACAAAACUCUCUGUCCGGGAGGGACGGGGGCAGAUGGAGCGGCAGGCUGGAAAGGAUCGGGGGCACGGCGGCCAGCGCCCUCAGACGGGGGACCAGUCGGAGAGCAGGCAAGCCCGGCACCAGGAUGAAGACGGACGCAGGAGUGGACGGCGCAGCACCCAAUGACACACACAGUAGCCGGAACUUGACUGACGGCGCGCUCAGGUUGUCCGCCGCCGUCUUAGCGGGGGAGCCGGGCAGCGUGGACGGCGCCCACCAAGCCCCCGGCAGCGACUUUGAGCCCAAAUGUGACAUCAGCGGCAAGGACGCCUUGUCAGCUCUGCACCGCGCCAGCACACAGGAGUGUCGCCAGGAGAUCGCAAACGUCGUGUGUCUCCAUCAGGCGGGGCAGCUCAUGCCCGACGCCCUCCCACAGUUCUGCCCCCAAGUCGGUGUCACAAAUCUUGUUCAGGCCGAGCUGGACAACAGCCUGCCUAAAGUGGAGAACCCUGUCAGGGUGGUUUUUGUCCUGAUGGUCCACGGCCGCGCCGUACGGCAGCUCAAGCGUCUCAUCAAAGCAAUCUACCACCGCGAUCACUACUACUACAUCCAUGUUGACAAGCGGUCGGCCUACAUGCACCGGGAGGUGGUGCAGAUGGCCCAGCAGUACCCAAAUACUCGUGUCACCCCCUGGCGGAUGGUGACCAUCUGGGGCGGGGCCAGCCUGCUGAAAGCCUAUCUCCGCAGCAUGCAGGAUCUGCUCUCCAUGCUGAACUGGAAGUGGGAUUACUUCAUCAAUCUCAGCGGCACGGACUUCCCUACCAGGACCAACGAUGAGCUGGUGGCCUUCCUGUCACAGCACAGAGACAAGAACUUUCUCAAAUCCCACGGCAGAGAGAACACCCGGUUUAUCAAGAAGCAGGGCCUGGAUCGACUCUUCCAUGAGUGUGACAACCACAUGUGGCGCCUGGGAGUCCGCACCAUCCCAGACGGCCUGGAAGUCUCCGGUGGCUCGGAUUGGUUUGCACUCACCCGCCGCUUCGUGGACUACGUCAUCAACUCCCAGGAUGACUUGGUGUCGGGGCUGAAGCAGUUCUAUUCUUACGCUCUGCUCCCUGCUGAGUCCUUCUUCCACACGGUGCUUGACAACAGUCACAUGUGCGACAGCCUGGUGGACAAUAACCUCCGUGUGACCAACUGGAACCGUAAGCUGGGCUGUAAAUGCCAGUACAAGCACAUUGUGGAUUGGUGCGGCUGCUCCCCCAACGACUUCAAACCACAGGACCUCAUUCGCAUUCAGCAAUUGUCCCGGCCGACUUUCUUUGCACGCAAAUUCGAGUCAGCGGUGAACCAGGAAGCCAUAGAUAUCCUGGACACGCACCUGUACGGCCAGUACGCACCAGGAAGCGCGGCCAUUAAGGCGUACUGGGAGAACCUGUUUGAGCAGACGGACGGCAUCGGCUCCCUCAGCGACGUGGCGCUCACCGCCUUCUCCUCUCUGCUUCGCCUGGGCCUGAAAAGUCUCGCCACGUCUCACGGCAGCAACGAGUCCUGCAGGUUGGAACCAAUAGGCCAUCCUUUGUCGGUGCACUUGUACUUCUAUGACGACCGCUUUCAAGGCUACUUGGUCAGGCAGGAAGUCCAGACUGUGGGCUCCAAGGUCAAGGAGGCCAUCGAGACUUGGGCUGUGCCCCAGGCCACUCUGGUACUGGAGAACAAUCUUCAAAAGUUUGAAAGGCUCAAAAACAUAGAGGUUGGCACAGAAUGGGACCCCAAAGAAAGAAUCUUCCGGAACUUUGGCGGGAUCAUGGGCCCGAUGGAUGAACCCAUGGCGGUGCAGAAAUGGGCUCGCACCGGCGCCAACCUGACGGCCACCAUCGUGUGGAUAGACCCCGCCCUGGUGGUGGCAGCCUCCUAUGACAUCACCGUGGACUCGGACGAAGAAUACACCUACUACCGGCCGCUUCUGCAGCGCCCCCUGCGGCCCGGCGUCUGGUCGGUACGCAUUUUAAGGCGGUGGAAGCGUGUGGCGGAGGUUCGAUUCCUCGUAAUGCCUUUGACUUUUAUGGACAAGAAACCGCUGCGUAAAGAGGACAGUUGGAUCCAUGCAGGUCCAGCAGAGAACUCCUACAUGGACCACAGCUUCCAGCAGCUCAGCUCCAUCCUCCAGCUGCCCCCUCAGGGGCCCGCCAUGCUGCAGGCCCAGCACAACGCUCAGCUGCUGGGCCCGCCCCUCCACGCCUGGCUGGACGCCAGCGUGGCCUCCUUCUGGGAGCCGGGAGACGUGUGCGCCUCCAACGCUUCCUCCUGCCCGGCCUUGGCGCUCUGCUCCUCAACCAGCUGGAGCUCCGAGUCCCCGGACCCCAAGUCUGACCUGGGACCGGUGAAGGCCGACGGCAGGAUCAGGUAGCCCCUCCUCACCUUGCUGGAAUGUGCACUUUAGAAGACUGCAGGACCACAACAUGGUGGUCUCCUUUACUCCUUCUCAAGGCCCAAGGUAAGAUCCUCACCUGUGAUGCUUCUUUGAGAGCACGCAACUGGGAGACCUUGGACACUAAGACUUUGAAGGUCACUCCAAGGUGGUCCUACCGUGGAGUUGAAAGGUCACAUAGAUGAAUAAUUUCCUUGAGUGGUCCACAUGGUUCUUGCUGAAGGACCCGUGUGUUGUGGCCAGCAGCUCAGAAGAAGAACUGGUUUGUUGACAGCUGACUUUAAUGUUAACUACUCUGCGCGCACGCCACAUCCUCCAAGCAGAGAUGCUGAACACGGAUUCUUUGGAUCCAUGCUGCCUUUUUAUUGGCUUCCCAACAUGCAUCUUGUCUUAUUGUUGUCAAGUGCCCUUGUUGAUCUUGCACAGGAAGUGGCUUCUUGCACAGGAAGUGGCUUCAGUGAAGCCUCACGUCUGUCGGAGAGACGCAGAUGUUAUUUUUAUACUCCCUAAAACACUUUCAACUACAAUUUUAGUCAUGUCAAAUGCUUUUAUUUGGAAAAGUGGCAACACAGAACCUUUAUUUUACAGUAAAAUUCUGCUCAUUUUUACUGUAAAAUGUCAUUUUUGUUUAUGUCCAUGGUCGUAUUCUGCACCUUGUUUUUACCCUCACAUCCAAAAGUCAUACCAUUUGUUACUUUUACACUGAAAUCAUAUCAAUGGUUUUUACAGUGCAUUACUGUGAAUUUAAAUAUAGACCAUCAAAUCUACACUUUUUUACAGUGCAUUGCUGUAAAAUAA